AUGGAAUUAUUUUCAUUAACAACAAAUAUUACAAUUACAGAUAUACAAUGGCAAGCAUAUCCAAUUGGUAUCUUUCUACUAUUAUUAUGUUUAUUUAUAAUAUUAGGAAAUUUAUUGAUUAUAUAUGUUAUUAUUCGUGAAAAUACUUUACAUACAUCGACAUAUUAUUAUAUUGCAUCAUUGGCAUUUGCAGAUCUUUUAGUUGGAUUAAUUGUUAUGCCAUUUGCAUUUAUAUUUGAAAUGACUAAUGAUGAGUAUUGGUUAUUUCGACGAAAUUUACAAUUUCUAUGUGAUUAUUGGCAUUCAAUGGAUAUUUUCGCUUCUACAGCGUCAAUUUUUGCUUUAUGUAUUAUUGGAUUAGAUCGUUAUAUAGCAAUUACAAAACCAAUUGAAUAUCUAAAUUCAUUUCUAUCAAAAAAAUGGGAUUAUAUAUUAUCAAUUAUAUGGAUAACGUCGGCAGUCAUAGCAUUUCCAGCUGUAGCUGUUUUUGGAACAGCACAAACAGUUUCUCGACAAUUAUCGAUAUCAAAUGAAACACUAUCAACAUCUUCAUCGUCAUUUAAAGAAUGUGAAUUUCCAAAUAAUCCAUAUUAUAUCUUAUUCAUUUCGAUUAUCUCGUUUUAUUUACCAUUAAUUGUUAUGAUUUAUUUUUAUAUUCAAGUUUAUGCAGCAGCAAGACAACAAGCUGUAGCACUUCGUACUGGUUAUAAACAUCAUUAUCGAAUUAAAUCCGCGAAAUUAUUGAUUCCAAAAUUGCAUUUGAAAAAAAAUAAUGAGAAAGAACAAUCAACAACGUCCACACCUUCAGAUCUAAUAACACUUCGUAUUCAUCAUGGUAAAUAUCAUAAUCCAAGUAUAGAAUCGAUUAAUGAAAAAUCAAUGAAUAAAACUAAAAGAAAACCUGUACAAACUAAAAUUUCUUGGAAAAAAUUUUCCAAAGAUCAAAAAGCAGCGAAAUUCAUUGGUAUUAUUAUGGGUGCAUUUGUAUUUUGUUGGCUACCUUACUUCGUAUAUUUCUUAUUAAGUGGUGUAUUUUUCAUUCGUUUAAAAGACGAACAUUAUCAUGAACUUUUAUUCAAAAUAUUCUCUUGGCUUGGAUAUGCUAAUUCUGCUUUAGAUGUUCUCGUUUAUGUUGCCACUUCAAAAGAAUUACGAAUGACAUUUUCUAAAUUAUUCGUACCACAUAGAUGUAGACGUACACAUUGA